CCCAACUCUCACCUCGCACCUCUCACCAGUCUGGAACAUGAGUGGGAUGGUGUUGUGAGGUGAUGGUGCAGUGAGUGUUCUCCGCAAGGUUUCUUCCUCCCUCCCUCCCCCCGGCCUGGCGAUACGUUUUAUCCUGUGAAAGAAGCGAUGAUGUUUAUGCUGGAGGGCCACGCUAAUAGCAAGUUAAUAAAUGGUAUAAACAUGAGAAUCGUGCAGCUUCGCCGAGGUCGCUUUCUGAAGGUGGUGCUAGGCAUCACUGGGCUAGUAGGACUUCUGUUACUGCUGGCCUCUCAGUCUCCACAUGGAGCCUCUAUCAGAUCUGCAGGUGCUCUUAUGAGCAAAGCUAAACAGGAGGUUGCUUUUUUACCGGAUAAAAUGGGGAACUUCGAGCCACCCAAGCCUCCAACGCGAGUAGGUCCUGGGGAGGGAGGCAAGGCCCACCACUUAUCCCCCAACAAGCAGAAUGAAGGGUCCCAGUCUAUGAGCGAAUAUGGCAUCAACAUGGUUGUAUCUGAUGAGAUCGCUAUGGAUCGGGUGAUUCCAGACACCAGGCAUUCCGAGUGCCAACACUGGGAAUAUCCUGAGGACUUGCCAACAACAUCUGUGGUUAUUGUUUUCCACAACGAAGGCUUCUCAACUCUUAUGCGCACAGUGCACUCUGUCAUUGAUAGAUCUCCUCCACAGUUUUUGAAGGAAGUGUUGCUUGUGGAUGACUUCAGUGACAAAGCAAAUUUGAAAGAGCAACUAGAAGACUACAUUACAAGAUGGAAUGGCAAAGUUCGGUUAAUACGCAACAAAGAACGUCAAGGCUUGAUCCGCACGCGCACAACUGGAGCUGAAGAAUCCAGGGGUGAAGUGGUCUUGUUCUUGGAUGCUCACUGUGAAGUAAACAAGAAUUGGCUUCCUCCCCUUCUUGCCCCAAUUUACAGAGACAAGCACACAAUGACAGUACCAGUGAUAGAUGGCAUAGACCACAGCACAUUGAACCGGCCAGUUUAUGGUCCUGGACCAAUUUCCGUGGUAUAUUGAAUGGGCAUGCUGUACAAAGAGACGGAAUUACCAGCAGAAAUUGAGCGCACACGCAAACAGAAAAGUGCUCCUUACAAAGCACCUACACAUGCUGGAGGUCUCUUUGCUAUUAACAGAGAGUACUUUUUGAGUUUGGGAGCUUACGACCCAGGUUGGUUUGUUUGGUGUGAAAACUUUGAACUGUCAUUCAAGGUUUGGCAGUGUGGAGGUAGUAUUGAGUGGGUUCCUUGCUCCCGCGUUGGCCAUGUGUACAGAGGAUUUAUGCCUUACAACUUUGGAAAAUUAGCCGAAAAGAAAAAGGGCCCUCUCAUUACUAUCAAUUACAAGAGAGUGAUUGAGACAUGGUUUGAUGAUAAAUACAAGGAGUACUUCUACACACGAGAACCUCUUGCAAGAUAUUUAGAUAUGGGUGACAUUAGUCAGCAACUGGAGUUGAAGAAACGUUUAGGAUGUAAGAGCUUCCAAUGGUUUAUGGAUAAUGUGGCAUAUGAUAUGCUAAGGAAGUAUCCAGAACUACCUCCAAAUCUUCAUUGGGGUGAGCUACGUAAUGCUGCUACUUCCCAGUGCCUUGAUACUAUGGGUCACCCAGCUCCAAGUUUGAUGGGUAUAGCACAUUGUCAUGGGUUUGGUAACAAUCAGUUGAUACGCCUAAAUGCUGAAGGACAGCUAGGUGUAGGGGAGAGAUGUAUCGAUGCAGAUGGCCAGGGGAUCAAGUUAAUCUUCUGCCAUUUAGGAACUGUGAAUGGUCCAUGGGAAUAUGAUGAGACAAGUCAUUUGCUGUUCCACAAGAAGUUGGGGAAGUGUGCUUCUCUCCAUCCACAGAAUAAUCAGCUGUUACUGCUUCCCUGUGACCCAGUCAACAACUACCAGAAGUGGAAUUUUAAGCAAAUUACCCCAAAAUGGUGAAAGGGUGAUAAAAAGGUUGUGCUUGUUUGUGAGUGAUUUUUUCCUGAGGUCUGAAUUAUGUUUAAAUGUGUUGAAUAGAUAAAUAAGUAAACAAGAUUAUAUGUAUGUACAUACAUAUAGUUUUAUGCAAAAGAAAGAAAUCACUAUUACCUCAAAAUUUUAAGAAUUAGGGAAAGUUGUCAGUCAUUAAGUGUAGAAGAUAUGAUAAUCAGAAGUCCAUUAUGACUGCCAGUUGUGAUUUGAAUUAAAUGAUAUUAUAUUCUAGUUAAUCAAAUGUAAGAAAAAUCUCUUGCGUAUUGAAAGGAGAAUGAACCAUUCAUUGAACAUUGUAAUAUAUCAAUCCAAAGCUGCGGGAACAUGUGAUAUCCAUUGUAGUGUUGCUUUGUAAAAUGUGUUUACACAGAGAUAGCUCUGCAAGUGUUCAGCUACCAAGGAUUUAAUUAGUGGAAAUACUUGCCUUAUUUCCCCUUUCCUUGAGGUUUUGGGAUUUAUUUUUUUAAUGCUGUUAUUGAUAUUAUAACUGUUAUGAUAUUUUUAACAAUGCUAAUGGCAAUGGAAGAUGAAGAAUAGUUCCAAAAAUCAAGAAAAACAGAUAGGUAGGACUAGUGAUUGACUACUUUAAGGAACUAUCUUUGUGUAAACACAAUUAGUAAACUAAACUUACAGCGGGGUUGGCAUGUACAUGUAUGUACAUGUCAGCCCCAGCAGCAUUGGGUUAAAGUAACAUAUGCCCUAGUAUUUGUAUUCUAUUACAGUUUAUAGUUGAUCUAUAGAUAUUUAAUUUUAUACCAUGAGAUUUAAGAAGUCAGGUUGUUUACUAUGUUUAGUUUAUAAUAUCCAGAAAUAAACAUAAUUUACCAUGAUGAUCUAUGGUUAAUUACAGAAAAGUUAGCUAUUAUUUUAGAUAAAGCUUUAUCAACAUAUGAAAAUAUGAAAACAUUUACUUAAAAGCCGUUUUUGAUAACAGAGAAAAGGAAACAUGGAGAAUUGCAGCUCAGUCCUAACAAAAGAGACCAGCUGCUGAACAGAAAGGAAACUGUUCCAUAUUUAGUAAAUUAUUGGACUAUAUAUUGUAUUUAUUUUAUGGGUUUUAGCAAAUGCUAAUGAAUAGUUAUCUGUUAUCUGUUUUGUUUUUAUAGUCAAUAGAAAUAGGUGUUGUUUCCAAGUGAAUUGUUUUCCUUUUCUUUAUUUUUAUAGAUUAAGUAAAAAUAUUUGAUCUAGUACACUUCUUUUUGCAUAAUUUAUAACCUAAUCUUGAUUAUUUAAAGUGAGGAAAAAUAUCUCCCUCACCCUCGGGUCUUCUAAAUUUAUUUUAGUAACGUGCAUUAAUUAGUGGUAAGAGGAUUCCAAUUUAAAUAGAUUAUAGGUGAAUGCAUAUAUCCUUUGAUCCAUAUGGCUGAAGUAGACAUAUUUAAUCCCUUGGAUCCAGGUGACAUGACCUUAACAUCAUAAAGAAAUUUGGCUGACAACCAGAUCAUGGGAAUAUGCUGCCGUGAGUGCACAAACCUCAUGGAGGUUGAUUAGACUUGGUGGGCAUUUAGGAAGGGGCUCUAGCUUUAUUUCCAUCUGUAAACAAGUUUGUAAUCUACCAUUUGUGAGCCAUGACUGGAAUAGUGCUGGCUAAAGGGGGGACACUAUUUCUAUGUUCAGGAUCCUAUUCCUGACAUAACAAAAUGUUACUUCUUGAUUUUCUUUCUUAUUGCAUGGAGUUGUAGACUACCUAGAGAUGAAAUGGAGUCUGUGCAAGGACAUCAGUCUAUUACUGUCUUGAUGCAAAUUAUCAAGUGACAAAUAUAGAUCUUGGGAAAAUGGCAAAAAAACAACUUGCAGAAGAGAUAGUAACAUUGCAAAGGAGAGGCAAGGAGUCUUGACAGCACAGGUAUUUUUGUGUUGACUGGGCCUCCAAGCCACACACCUGGUAGAGUUGCCAUUCAAGUGAAGCACCUGGAUCCAGUGGGUUAAGCAUGCUGUAGUUUUAGUACUACCAUGUGCUCUUUCACCAACCUUUUUAUGCUUUGCCAGAUGAUAUUAUUUGUGAUAAGUAUUUACAUGCAGAAAAGUAGUAAUUCAAAUCGCCUUCAAUCUUCAGUCUUGAUAUAGAAAACUGAAUGGUGCAAAUAGUAAAGAUGCAAGCAGUCCAUUAUUUUUUUGCUCAUUAAUUAUGCUGAGGUUUGUUGUUGUUGCUUUCUUGCUUGUACUCUAUCCUCACUUUAUUUCUACCUUUUUAUCUUUCAUUUUCUUUAUCAUCAGUUUUUCUCAUCUUAUUGUCAUUAUGUAUGGUAAAAGUGGCACUGGGUUUUUCAGUUUGUAUAUGUGGUAGAUAGUUCUUGGAUGUGUUUUUACUUAAAGCUGUAUUGAAAAAUUUUGUGUAAUUUUUUGCUUUUUGCUCAUAACUUUAAUGAUAAUGAAAUGGCAUCACAAAUUAUUGAGAAUACUCUGUGAUUCUUGAAAUAUGGACUCUUGUUAAACAUAUGUUUUUAUGAUCUUAAUUUGAUUAUGAAUCUGCUGUUAAUCUCAAUGUAUGUGUAUGUAAGUAUGAGAGCUAAGGCUUUACAGGCUUACAUAGCUUUACCAUGAUUUUUGGAAAUGGUGUUGAUUUGAUUUGGCCAUUGUAUAAGUGAAAAAUGAAUGUUUUUUUUAUUUUAUUUAAGCCUGCCUGCCUUUGUUUAGCUCCAAAUUUUGGAAUAAGAUUUACCUUAAACAGUACAAUCAGGUUAGCAUUGGAAAUUAAUCAAGAAAUUGGUUAAAAUAAAUAACUGAUUAUUUUUUCACUGUACCUAAUCAUUCACUAUUUACUAAUCCCAUAACACCCUAUAUAGGUGGAUUGAAGAUUGAAAAGAAGAGUGAUAUAAUUGCAUCUUAACUGCUUUAACCCCUUACUGAUGGGAAAGGCUAUAGACCUUCUUGAGAUAUUUCAGCUAUGUGCCAGGUACCGUCUAACCAUCAUAACUUGCUCCUGCACUAGUGUGCUGUAACUCCCAGGUGGGCUACCUGGACUGGCUGCAUACUGAAAGUAAGAUGCAUAAUUCUUCAUAAGGCUUGGGUAUCACAAGACUUGAUUUAUCAGUUUAACAUAAACAGAAUAUGGUAAUUGUUUUUAGUUCAUUGUAAAAUAAUUAAAAAUGAGGUGGUUGAGGCAGAAAUAUGAAAAUUAUAUGAUAUUCAUUUGUAUAUAUAGAUUUUUUAAGUUGUAGGGCCUCUGGUAUUUCUUGCAACUCAAGGGUUUUGAGCUAAGAUGGUGCUGGAAGAGACAAUGUACUUUUAUUUAUUUAUUUAUUAUUAUUUUUACCAUUGUUGCUAGUUAUAAUUUUAUUCUGCACACAGAUGAAGUAGUUUGUUUUUUAAGGUGAUUUUUUGUGAGAUUUGUCUUAUGCAUGUGUAGAAUAGUUAAAUUACAAACUUUCUGCAUAUUGUUGACCAAUAUGAAUAGUCCUUACCUUAUUCUGUCCUUGAAUCCUGGGAUCUCAUUUAGAUGGUUUUACAUUUGCAAUAUAUUUUGAUUUAUGUAUUUUGUAUGUGUAUAUGGGAUGAAGUAUCUGAAAUUAGAAUGUGCAUAAAACCUGAGACCAUAUGACUUAACACAAACAGAAAUGCUCAUGAGUAGUUGCGCCACUUACACCCAAAGUAAAUAAACUUUCAAUGAUACCACUGAACGUGAAUAUUAUGAUUAUUUUCCUUUGGCAAUCCAGCUAAGGGAGCAGGAGUAGUGUAUUGUAAAGUUUAUUGAAUUUUCUUACUAAAUGAUGUACUAGGAAGAUUCCAAAUUAUAUUGGAUUAUUGUAACAGAAUUCUGCUAAUGUUGCUUAACAAAACAAAGCAAACAAUUGUAAUGUUUUUGUUUUUUCAAAGAAGUUACUAUUGAGAGUUUUGAAGUAAUUAUUUUUUUGGAACUUGAUGAUAGCAAAUCUUUAAUGCAUUUAAGCUUAAAAAUAUAUAUAUAUUGAAUUCAAGUAUUUUUGUAAAGAAUUCCUUUUUGAAAGAUAUAGGGAAGGUAUAGAAUUGCAGAUCAGAUAUAAGAGGUAAACAGCAGUAAUGUUUUAAAUCUUUUAAGUUUGAGAGAUCAUUAUCAUUGUUAGCAGUGUCAGGUUAACUGUAAUUGUAAACAUUUUCAACAUAUUAUUUUCUUUGCACAAAAUUAGGUUGUUACAUAUUAGCUUGGACAUUCUGAGAGGUAUUGUGAGGGUAUACCCAUGCUACAUACUAUACUCUUUGUUUGUCUGUGCUAAAUCAAUUUAUUGAAAUUUGUUUGCCUACCAUAUGAAGUAAUAUACAAACCACUGAUAGUAAUUGAUAACAUAACAGGAACAUGUGAUGUGUUCUCCUUUACUCAAGUUAAAUCAUUAACUAUAUGAAUUUGUUCAAAGAUUUUAGGAAGCAUAUAACCUGGAGGCGUGGAGACAAACAGCAGAACACAAAAUAUGAAUUAUAAAAGUUAGGUACAUCACUCCCUUUCUCAUGUAAAUAUCCUGUGUGUGUUUGAUUUUUGCCACUCCUAACAUUAUUUCUUCAAUGAAGAAAUGCAAUAAAUGGUACAAUAAAUUACCAUUGUGCAAUAUCAGUAUCAGUAAUUAACAAAUUUAUUACUGAGUAUAUCUGAAUUAUCAUGUAUUUUUAGCCAAACACAUGCACCUUAAAAGAUUUACACAGUAGUCAAAAUUGUCUGUCAACAGAUGUUUCAACUUCAAAUGCAUUGGUACUUCAUUUCCUUUUACUUUUUAGUUACAAAUACAAAAUUUUAAGAAAUGUAAAAAUGUUUAUUAAUGUAAGAUGGGAUAAUAUGAAAGCUACAAUGGUAGAUGAUUCCAACUAUCAGCAUGGAGAAAACAGAUCAAGAAUGCCUUUUAUAUAACCAUACAGGUCUGUGGUAAGGACAUGACAAUCAUGUAUUAAUGAAUAGUUUUUCUUGUUAAUGUUUUCAGUAAUCUUAUUCCAUAUGCUUAGUAUAAAAUAACUAAUUGGGCUUGAAAUAUUCAUACUUUGGACUAUUUGAUUAUUUUUGAUUUCCUUUUGGAUACCCAAUACCUUUCGUGCACACACUGACAAAUGCACAUGCACAUGACAUGAUAUUUCUCUUAUUUUUCUGUGAUAAACAUAAAAGGAGCAUUGAGAAAUUUUAUCUAAAUAAUGCACAUUCCUAUGGUUGAGUGUGGCUUAGGCAGUGGCAUCUGUGAAAGUUGUUUAGUUUUAUACUUUCAAGCAUUUAUCAGCAAAGGAUAAAAAUGUUGCUUGCAUUUUCAUUUUCAAAUUGUACUGUGGAUUACAGUGAAGAGAAAUAAAGAUAUUUUUAA